GACUAGACUAGACUAGCCUGCGCAAGGAGGUGAGAGUUGGGGUCGGCCAGGCUCACUCGGGAUGGACAAGGACAUACUGACCACGCUGAAGAUUCUCAUCAUCGGCGAGAGCGGCGUCGGCAAGUCCAGCCUUCUGUUGCGGUUCACAGAUGAUACAUUUGACCCAGAACUUGCAGCAACAAUUGGUGUUGACUUCAAGGUGAAAACAAUUUCAGUUGAUGGAAAUAAAGCUAAACUGGCAAUAUGGGAUACUGCAGGUCAGGAGUGGUUCAGAACAUUAACGCCCAGCUACUAUAGAGGAGCACAUGGUGUUAUCCUAGUUUAUGAUGUCACAAGAAGAGACACCUUUGUCAAACUGGACAAUUGGCUAAAUGAAUUGGAGACAUACUGCACAAGGAAUGACAUAGUUAAAACGUUAGUUGGAAACAAGACUGAUAAGGAAAACCGUGCAGUUGACAGGAAUGAAGGUCUCAAAUUUGCAAGAAAACAUUCCAUGUUGUUCAUAGAGGCAAGUGCAAAAACAUGUGAUGGUGUUCAGUGUGCCUUUGAAGAACUUGAAGAGAAGGGGGAUAGUUAA